CUCUUCUCACCAUCUCCGAUUGUACGUGUAACUUGUGCCUGUCUGUCUGUCCGUCUACAUAUCUUACCCAUCUCACGUCUCUGUUCCUGAUUCAAUUCGCAUUCCUACCCUCCAAUGCCAUUUCCUCCACCGCUUCAAUGAACCCGAAUCCGACCCCCGCAUUGUCUUCAACCGCCACAACAGCAGCAGCACCACCGGCACCGGCACCACCAACAACCACCACCACCACCACCACAACAACAACAAUAAAUACCCACACCCCCCUCCGCUACGCCCGCUACGAUGGCGCCCGCGAAGACGAAUACGUCCCGGCCAUGCGCCAACUAAUCUCGAAAGACCUCUCCGAGCCCUACAGCAUCUACGUCUACCGCUACUUCCUCUACCAAUGGGGGGAUCUAUGCUUCAUGGCCAUGGACGAUUCUGUCCCGUCUUCCUUCCCCACAUCCGAAACCACAGCCACCCCAUCCUCAUCAUCACCGCAACAGCAGCAGCAGCGCAUGGUCGGCGUCGUCGUCUCGAAACUCGAACCACACCGCGGCGGGCCUCUGCGCGGAUACAUCGCCAUGCUCGCCGUGAAGGAGGAGUACCGCGGCCGGGGCAUCGCCACUAAGCUCGCGCGGAUGGCGAUUGAUGCGAUGAUCGAGCGGGAUGCGGACGAGAUUGUCCUCGAAACCGAAAUCACCAACACGGCCGCCAUCAAACUCUACGAACGGCUGGGCUUCCUGCGCAGCAAGCGGCUGCAUCGGUAUUAUCUGAACGGGAACUCGGCCUAUCGGCUCGUGUUAUAUCUCAAGGAAGGCGUGGGGUCGAUGCGCACGACGCUCGAUCCGUAUGGGGCGGCUCCGGCUCCGGCGCCGCCGUAUCCCCUUCCUCUGCCCGGCGGUGGUGACUCACAACGAAGGGGAGGAGGAGGAUCAGCGGAGAUGACGGGGGCGCUUGCGGCGCCGGAACCGGCUUUGCUGCAUGAGAAUGGCAGUGGUGGUGGGUGGUAGGUAGAUGGCCAGGGUGGCCAGGGCGAAGAAGCGUACAAAUGACAGAAUUUACGGGAUAGCCCCCAAAGACGAUUGGCCCACUCCCAUGUUUAUCCUUACCAUGGAGAAUCGAGCUGGAUAUAUUGGGCUACAGCUGUUCCCAUACACUCAUACCCACUGCGCGCUCACUUUACCUAGAUGACCGACUAAUGAUUAUGUGUAUGCAUGUGAUGAAAAUGAUUCAUGUUUCUCUGCUUAGAACUUGGUGACGUUGGGGGGAUGGGUGAGGUGGCAUCGUGCUGCAGGUCAUCAAUUGCAUUUGGCGGGAACCACUUUGUGAUAGGUUCAGG